GUCACAUGCGUUUACUUAUAUCAGUGCAUGCAUAACAAGCUAACCAUUACGACACGUCUAUUGUAUCAAUAUAGUAUUGUAUUUACCUCACAUAGCAAAUUAACAAUUCCAUUUUCCGUUGACCUCCAUACAAACAUUCCUCACGUCGUGGGCAGAUUUUGGUUGGAGUAAAAGCUCUCGCUUCACCUUUUCCUCUCUGUAGCUGCACAUAUAACUACGCGAUUCACAUUGUUGCUAGCAUAUUUAAACCAAAUUAUUAGCAUAUUACUUAGAUACAAAGUUUCAAUCAUCCGCAGAAGUCAGACUCUGUUUAGUUUUCGCAAACGUUUGAAAAUGUUGAGCAGUGUUUCUCUCCGGGCUCAGAUCGCUUCCAUCAUAGAGGUACUUUCUAAAACUGCAGUUUCAGAAAUUAGCAAAGUAGUCGACGAUGGCAUAGUUGUGUUACGUGUGGAAAUGUGUCGACGGGAAAAUGAAAUCAACGUCCUGAAAAAUAAUGUACAACAACUUGACAGCGAGCUUCGAAGAGCUCGAGGGAUUAAUGCUCGAAGACUCAUUCAUCAUGGUCGAUCAGUUGCUGCUGAGAAUUUUAGGAGAGGGCCUGGUAAAAGUGGUACCACUUGUGAGGGGAAGACCUCGCUUGAAAAACUGCAGCCUGAGGAAGAUUUUAAUGAAAAGGAUGAAGGAGUUGGACCUGCAGAUGAGAUUCUGGUGAAGACUGAGCCAGGAGGAGAGGGUCAACAGGAAGAGCAGACUACAGGGAUAAAAGACAAGGAAGCGUCACGCAGUAGUGUUUUCUUUCCAGGGAAACCAUAUUUAGAGUCAGACGUCAGAGAGGAUAUGAUUUUACAGCUCAGACAGCAACAACGUCAUCGGCAGUCAGACGCGCUCAGGAGAACAAGCAACGGCACAGUACAGUCAAACCCAGACCCUCAAUGUGUAUUGGGUUCUGACCCAAAUUAUAAUACGACAAGGAGAGCGAAAAACCGAAUAUUUUGCCAGGUUAAGAAACACUUCAUUUGCACACUGUGUGGAAAGAGUUUUGAACGUUACGGCCAUCUUGAAAGACAUCUACGAAUUCAUACGGGUGAGAAACCGUAUAGUUGUGACAUAUGUGGAAGGUGUUUCAAUCAGAAGGGUAGCCUCAAAGGACAUCUGAAGACUCACAGAGUAUCGAUUGACGGACUAGCUAACAACGAAGAUAAGCCUCUCCUGGAUGGACGUCAGUCUGAGGAAGAGCAGAUGAACGAGAAGGACGAAGUGUUCCAAACUGCUCCUCAGUUGCCCAUGAAGUCUGAGCCAGGGGAAGAGAAAGAUGCAUUCCAGACACUAGAUCAUAAAGCAGGAGAACAGACUGCAGGGAGAGCAGAAGAGCAACUGGAUGAUGACUUGUCAACGUACGAGAGAGACGGCCGGCCGUGGAUGUCCAGUUCACAUGCAGACAACGAUAUGGAGACGAGUAAUUCAGAAUAUUUCAUCAGUUCAGGUCAGAACUCCCAGUGUCUCACUGAUCACUCUCCUGUACCUCCCAGUUCAGGUCAGAACUCCCAGUGUCUCACUGAUCACUCUCCUGUACUUCCUGUCCCAGGAAGGGUGGAGGCGUCAUGUAGCAGUGCUUCAUCUCCAGGGAAACCAUAUGUAGAUGUCAGCGAGGAUAUGAUUUUACAGCUCAGACAGCAACAUUAUGGACCUUCAGACACACUCUUGAUAGCAAGUGACGGUACAGUACAGCCAAACUCGCAGGUCACGGACGGGGCUUCUCUGAACCAUCCUCCCAUCUUCUCCAGUUUUCCGGAAAGGAAGGUGAAAACCUUCCAAGGAGUCACCAAGGACAAGAAGUGCUUCAUCUGCUCAUUCUGUGGGAAGGUUUUUGAGCGUGUUGGUCAUCUGGAAAGGCACCAGCGAAUUCAUACGGGUGAGAAACCGUAUAGUUGUGACAUAUGUGGAAGGUGUUUCAACCAGAAGAGUAGCCUCAAAGGACAUCUGAAGACUCACAGAGACGAUGCUGACAUGCUAACGGGACAAUCUCUGCAUGAUGAUAAGAAGCCUGACUUUUAUCCUAGACCCUCGGAGAACCCAGAGGAACCGAGGGAUCAGCCCUCACCUGGUGAAGCACAGCCUAGCUCCGGGCACAGUGAGGAGGAGGGCAGGGGGCAGGGGUUGGUGGGGGAAGCAGAGGAAGAGAAGCAGUUUGAAUCCCAGAUACUCAGUCAGUCAGGACCUCAACACCAACAAAGCACAGAGCGACCAGAUUACCAGGACGACCCAGAGUAUGUCAUGGAUGAGAGGGAGAGUCAGCUGUGUAGAUCUUUCACAGAGAGGCACAGUGAUAUGGAGUCUGGAUCACUAAAUCCAGGUUGCUCCUCCGAUGCGACAAAGCAGCAGAACUCCCAUCCUGUUUCACCCAGUGUCAAAUACCAUCACAGUCCUUUUGAUGGACUGCACCACCACCACGGGUUCUAUACGUCAGCUUCUAGAGAGGUGGAACUUCAACACUUGUCUUUUCAGGAUGAGAAAGACAAGUUGGAUGUGAUUGAGCAAGAGCAGUAUGCAGGGGUGGUUCUACAUGCAAGGAACAGGGAGGAUGGUGAUGGAACAGUACUACCUAGGUUUCAGGACCGGGUACCACCGUCAGCACUACCUGUAGAGGAGGAAACGGCAAUGAGAGCGUACAUCACAGAACCAAACUACAGUCAAGAGGGGAUUUUAUUUGCCCUUGGCAUAGACAGUUUUGACAGUACAGAGGGAACCAGUGCCACUACAGACGACACAAGAAAUAGAUGUUUCAUAUGCUCCUUUUGUGGAAAGAGUUUUGAUCGCCAUAGUCAUUUUGAAAGACACCUGCACACUCAUACUGGUGAGAAGCCCUACAGCUGUGAGAUAUGUGGUAAGACUUUCACCCAGAAGAGCAGCCUGAAAGCUCAUCAGAGACUUCAUACAGGUUAAUCAAGGGCCAAAGAGUCUUAUGUGUGUUCCAAAUGGCACCCUAUUCCUUAUUUAGUGCACUACUUUUUAGGGUAUGUAUUGCCAUUUGGGGGACACACUUACUGAAAGUUGUUUUGACCUCAUCAAAACUCAAUCAACACCAGUUAAUGAGUAUGGGACAUUUGGCUGCUAUUGUUGACAUGUUGAUGGUGUUGCAACAGUUUAGAAGUCAAACUAAAUUGUGUCUUAUUUGUUUGUUAUGUCUUAUUUGUUUGUUUGAUAUGGUCGUUUUGACUUUUAAAUUAUUUAUAUUUUUGACCUUUUAAUUGAGAAUCAAUUCUCAUUUACAAUAGCGAUAUUCAAAUGUUGGUGUUACGUAAAAAGGAACAUUUGAGUAGUUCUUUGUUUCAUGUCAUCAGGUAUCAUCUCUCUCAUAAUGUAAAAGUGUUUUUAAGAAAAACUUUCCUGCAUCAACCUUAUGGAUCAUUGAUCCAAUUUAACAUGUAAGCUACAUAUCCAUUUGUGUUUGUUUGUGAAGACCUUGAUGGUAGGGUUGCCUCUUUAACCCUUGAUCAUGACUCUGUUGCAUUACAUUACACAUGAGUCAUUGGAGUAAGCGUCUUCUGUUCGGGGAAGUUUUAAGAGCCCAGACAUUUGGUCUGAACAUUACCACGCGUCGCUUGUGGUACAGUUUUGGAAGCAUAAGGAUCAUAUCAGCGAGAAAAUACAUUUUUAAAAGUUAAAUUGAUACCUUUUUUAUAGGGUUAGUGUUUCCACAAGGCUGAUUAGUGAUGAUCUCCUAACACCUGUGUGUAAAUGGAUGCCACCACAAACACAGAAAAAUACUGUCUUCUGCAACUGUAGAGGGUUUAUGUAUCUAGAACCAACUGCUGCAAUUGAGAAUAGAUUCACAUUUAGAUGGCGUAUUUGGCUGUUUUGGCUUCCAGACCCAAUUCGCCUCUAAACAGAACAUCCUUGGACAAUAAGGAGUAAAGUUAGGCUGUUUUAGUUCAUCAUUGGGCUAGGUUGUAGUUCAAAUGAUUGAGUUUUUUACUCUAGCUAUCUUAACCCAGGAAAAUCAACCUCAUUUAUUUUUGCUUUGAUUUAUUUUUUUUUUUUGGGGGGGGGGGUUUCUGCUUGUGGAUUUCUGAAAUAAAUGUAAAAUUGUGAACGUCUCAAUUUUGUGUGUUAAUUGUUUUAUUUAGUGACAGUAAAAUAAAAUGUUUUAUAAGAGGA